UUCUUUAAUUGUGUACUAUGGCAUGUUGACGAAUUUCGGUCACUAAAAACCAGUAAUCGAACGAGUAAUCAAAGUUUAGAAACGUGAGGUAAAUGUCUGUUUUUACAUGACUGCCCACAAUAUUAGCGACAAAAAUAUCCAAAUAUUUUAAUAUCCUUCAAUUUAAAGCAUGACUUUAAAACAAAAUCGACAAGAGAUAACCCAAAUUACAUCCAGUAAAAAUUUCAGCUCUGAAUUUUUACUCAAACAUAAGUUAACAUGGGGUAUAAAAUUUAACAUGGGAAUCCCUAUGGCCACUUUUAAAAAAGAUGCACUGUAUAACAGUCACAAUAGCAAUAAAUAUUUAUUUAUUUAAGUUUGUGUAUUAAAUUUUGUUACACUUCAUGGCCAACGUCGAUCCAUAUAGUACGCGGGAAGUGUUCUUUGUUUGCAAAUUUAGGUCAUACAGCUGUCAGUCGUCUCGACGAAAUUCUAUUUGACACAGUCAAAAACGCAUUAGUUGUAAUAUUUCCGAAACAAUGUUUCGUAGUAUCCUUUAUAUUUCUGUAUUAACUGCAUUUUCCAUCAUUGUUAUUGAAGUUUGGAAUAAAUCGAAACACAAACAUCCGUACGUAGGUCUCAAUGUUGAACAAAUUAUCCAAAGGUACGAAUACCCAGCCGAAGUCCAUCACGUCACAACCGAAGAUGGAUAUAUUUUAACCCUCCAUAGAAUUCCCCACGGAAGAGAAAAUCAUUCUCUAAACAGAACAUCGAUUUUACUUUUACCAGGAAUCUUACAAACUGCUUGGGACUACGUGCAUUAUGGACCCCACAAAUGUUUAAGCUUUCUUUUGGCGGAAAAAGGGUACGACGUUUGGUUAGGAAAUUUCAGAGGUACUGCUUGGUCCAGAAAACACGCAGUCUUAAAUCCGGACCAAGACUCGUCUUAUUGGAAUUUUACGUUCGUAUACACCCAUGGAUAUCUUCAAGGUUUAAACAUAGCACUAUUCAGGGUGCAUGAAAUGGGAAUAUAUGACGUACCUGCAUUUAUUGAUCACAUUGUCAAAUUUACCAACAAACAUUCACUCCAUUACGUCGGCUUUUCUCAAGCAACGAUCGCUUUCACUAUUAUGGGUUCGGAAAGAAGUGAAUACCUCAGUAGAGUCAAACUAUUUACAGCUCUAGGUCCUGCUGUUUUGAUAGGAAACCCAAUAAGCCCAUUGCUGAAAUUCCUCGUGAAAAACCAAGACAGUAUAAAGACAUUCUUAAGAUUUUUUAAUUACCGUGAGAUUCUUAAGCAAGGUGACCCAUUUAGAACUUAUCUGGAACACAUUUGCAACGAAAAUUCGAUUUUUGCGAAUUUAUGUUUGCAACAUUUGUUUAUUAUGCUUGGUUACAAUUAUGAUGAGAUGCCUAUGGAAAUGUUGUCUCUAACAAGCUCACAUUUUCCUUCUGGUACAUCACUGACCAACAUAGAGCACGUAUUUCAAAUGAUCUGCUCUGGCAAUUUCAGCAAAUAUGACUAUGGCAUUCAGGGCAAUAAAAAAAAGUACGACCAAGAAAAGCCACCCCUCUAUAAUUUAUCUAAACUUACAGUACCCACAGCCUUGUAUUAUUCCAGUAAUGACUGGGCUGUCAACAUUGCGAACGUGGAGAAGCUUAUCAAAGUUCUGCCCAAUGUAGUGAAAACUUACAAAGUACCUUCAGAUAAAUUCAAUCAUUAUGAUUUCCUGGCUGCAAAAAAUGUCGUUCGAUUGUUGUACAGCGCUGUUAUAGAUGAGAUUCUAAAAUACUAAAAUGAAGCAUAGUGUUAAAAACAAAAAAAUCUGAGACGACCAUAUAUAAUUUCAGGUGAUAUCGGGAUCGUCACGUUGGAGGUCUAAUCCAAUCUAUAAUUAAUUCUCUGUAUUUAUACACGUCUUGCUGUUUUAUUUUUUGGUUAAAAUUGUUGACGGGUACUUGAAGUAUAUUUCCGUUAAUGUAUGUAUUUAAAUUAAGAAUUGGUGAAAAGUUAUUUAGACAGACAUUCUCUUCGUCCCUAAAGUACAGUCAAACAAAUCCAGCUAUUUUGAUAAAUUAAAAAAAAUGAUUUUGUGAAUUUUCCACAAUAAAA